AUGGCUGGUUGCAUGUCAACCCCAUCCAAAACAAUUAAAUCAUGGAAAAAACACUGUCAGCAGGUCAUCAAACACCCUAGAAAGGCAACCUGCUCCGCUUCAGAUGGUACCAAGAAAAGAAAUACCAGUUUCAAGAAAAUAAAUAGUGAUGCAGGAGCUCGCGUGAGUGACUAUGCUGUCAGUGAGUUUGUUGAUGUGGACUUUGAGAAUGGUGCAACAACUACUCACAGAAGAUCUAAGGUUUCUAAUUCAACAUUCCAUCUCACCCAGCUGCAAUGGCACCACAGUCAAUAUGAUUCAAAUGUAAUUUUCCAAGAGGAAGCUUGGUUUGACUCAGUGAGUAUUCUGGGAAUAUCUCAAGUGGCCAAGUACUUCAGGAUGAAAGAUCUGCUCGCUUUGUUGAUAAUGUGUGGCUGUGAGCUUUCUCGCUUAGGGAAGGCUGAUGAAGUUUGCAAUAAGAGGAGGAAUAUAUUAGAUCACUCUUAUGGAAGCUUUAAAGGACUUAUAGAGGAUGGACGUGAUUCUAAUGAAAAAAUUCAAGACAAUGCCCUGAAAUCCGGCUUAUCUCGAUUGGUACGUAGUUUGGUUCUACAGUCCCAGAGAAAACCAUCAGCCGUUUUCAGACUUUCUUUUAAAAGGAGAUCCUGUUAUGCAGAAGAAACCAUUGAACAAUGUCAAUCAAAAAGGUUUCUGUAUUGGCCUAGACCGGGAUAUAUCAUUCCAUGUUGCAGAGUAGAGAAGCCGACUUCAGGAUCUUGGUCUGAGAUUCCACCCUCAACUUUUAAAUUCCAUGGCGAGAACUAUUUCAAAAAGAUACAUCACAUUGCCCAGCAUCUUGAGCUUCCCAAAGUGAAAGCAAAUGGGAAAGUGUUCAUUGUAAACAUACAGUUGCUCACUUAUCCUGCUGCAAUGUUUCUUGGUGAUAGUGAUGGGGAGGGGAUGAGUCUUGUAAUGUAUUUCAAAGUUUCUGAGAAUUUUGAUAAAGUCAUCUCUCCUCAAUUCCAGGACAGCAUCAGGAAAAUGGUUGACGAUGAGACAGAAAAAGGAUUUGCAAAGGACUCCACUGUACCUUUUAGAGAAAGACGUUUUGCCCCUUUCUUUUGGUUGGGCCGGCUACCGCCACAGGACAAGAGAUUCAGCUUUGGAUUUCUCCUCCUAAAUCCUAAUGGGUUGUUGGGAUUAAUGAAGACUGCUUGUCGCUAA